GAAAGAGAGUCAAAGCAGAUCCGCAGGGGUACUUUUGGGGGUGGGCGCAUCUAGCUGGCGCGCAGAUCCCAUAUACUCCUCAUCCUCAUCCUUAGCGUCCGUAUCGUGGACCGUAAUGCUGAUGCGAUUAUGCAAGCGCCGGCCAGCAGCCCCAGACACAUCAAUAGUGGUAUGUCGGCCGCGGCGGGCGCUACAAGUGUUCGCAACAGUCGGGGCACGCGCAGGCGCAACAGCCGGGGCACGCGCAGGCGGGGGGGGGCAUGUCGCCAGACAGGGGCGGGACGUACAUAGUUGGCGGCGGAGUCAUAACACCAGUACUCUGUCGGAGAGCUGCCUCCACAGCCGGGUAGAGUUCCAGAGUCGCGCUGUCCAGCCGGGACAGCCCGCGGUCGCGAUCGGAUGGACGGGGGACAAUGGCCUGAGUACUGGAAGCCGACGUGUUGGCCUCACGGUUACGAGCAGCCCGAUCGUCAGCGGAGGUCGAUCCAAGAAUGUAAGGCUGGCCAGUGGAGGCGUUGAGCUCACGAUUGCGAACAGCUGCAGCGGCAGUCUUCGCAGCUUGCCGCAUCUCGGCAUGGGAUGUCUCUGUAAUGCGAGGGGGCUCGAGAACGAUGGGCCUGCCGCGGGCGGAGUCAUUUGCUUCAUGGCCACGAGGGACGGCGGCAGCAGUUCUUGAGGCGCGUCGACUCUCGGCUACUACGCUGCAGUCCUGUUCAGCGCCCCGCCCUUUUCGGCUUCCAUGAUUGUAUUCAUUUGUGCAGCCCUCGGUGUAGAUCGGGUUCGAAUCUGGGACUGCGCGCCAGAAGCUUUUUUACGUG